GUUUACGCAAGUCAAGUCAAGUUUUGUGGAAUGGUUGCGGAACGUAUACUUUAUUGAUGUUUUAAUUAUUUGUUUAAAUUAUUUAUAGUUCUUCUCUUCGAUUUUAACGAUUUCUUUUUGUGUAAUUUUGAGAAAUGGAAAUUGAAGUGUUGAGUGUUUCACGUUCUAAGCCCCUUGGAAAAAUACAUCUUAAAGAGGAUGCUACUAUCAAAGAUGUUAAAGAUAAAAUCCAUCAAAAUCUCAAUAAGUCUUUAUAUCCUGACCGUCAAGCUAUUAAAUUAGAAGCUAAAGGAAAGACAUUAAAAGAUGAAGAUUCACUAAAAACACAUAACAUACAAAAUGGAGCUAAGUUAUACUUAAAAGAUUUAGGGCCUCAAAUCUCCUGGAAAAAUGUGUUUUUAGCUGAGUAUGCUGGUCCCUUGGUUGUUUAUCUUUGGGUUUAUCAACGCCCAUGGGUCAUAUAUGGCUCUCAAUCAGGUAUACCAGGAAAUGUUGCUAUGAUUGCUGCUAUAUGUUGGUGUGCUCAUUAUGCUAAAAGACUUCUAGAAACAUUGUUUGUGCAUCGUUUUUCUCAUGGCACAAUGCCACUGAGCAACUUAUUUCGUAAUUGUGCUUAUUAUUGGUUGUUUACAUUAUAUGUAGCAUAUCAUAUUAACCAUCCACUUUAUACACCACCAAAUGGCACUUGGUUUUAUGUGGGUCUCGCAGGCUUCACAUUUUGUGAGUUGGGAAAUUUGAGUAUUCAUAUACUGUUGAAAAACCUCCGACCUCCUGGCACUAAAGUGAGACGCGUGCCUGUACCAGAUGGGAACCCAUUCUCGUUGCUUUUCAAUUUUGUUUCCUGCCCUAAUUACACAUAUGAGUUUGGCUCGUGGCUAUUUUUCACUAUCAUGACUAAAUGUGCUCCAGCGGGCUUAUUCGCGGCAGCCGGAUUCUACCAAAUGGCGGUAUGGGCCAUCGGCAAACACCGUAACUACAAAAAAGAAUUUCCAGAGUAUCCCAAAGGCCGUAAAGCCAUACUGCCAUUUAUUUUAUAAAUUCCAUCGAAUAUAGUCUCUAACAUUUCUUAGUAAUGCAAUGUACUGACAUGAUUUUCAUAUAGUAGCUUAUUUUAUUUGAUAGGUGUUGGAUAACGCUCCAUUUUAAGGGUAAUGGGUAUGUUGUGGAAUGAGUACGAUUGUAUAUUUAUUGCAAUAUGUUUUAAACAAAGAAAUAUUUUUAUUUAAAUUAGUUUCGAAGAGUUGAAAAUAAAUUAAUUAGUUAGGUAUUUGUGAAUUAAUGAAUAGUACUCAUGGAAUUUGAUUGUUAAUUUCUAUUUUGUAAAUUAAUAUCGUUAUUUUAUUUUGGAAGAUGUCAACUUAAUUUGUUGUUAAGUAUUCCAUUGAAUUAUGUUAUUGUUUGUUUUGUACUCAAUAAUCAUGCAUUUAAAGUAUGCGCUAAUAAAAAGGUUUUUUA